CUGGCAUGUUGCUUCUCUCCUGCUGGGGGGACUCUCUAGUUGGCCUGGACCAUGAGCAAUGAGUCUACCGUCUGGAACAUCCUACCAGAAAACUCCACAGAGAUCCCAUUCAAGGCCAGGGAGCAGCAGGAUGGCUACGUGAUCAUCCUGGUGAUCCUCUUCAUCUUCCUGGUAGGAACGUCGAUCUUCAUCUCGGUCCUCCUCAUCACCUGCCGCCGAUGCUAUCAUGGACGGCAAUGCUGUGACAGGGCCAGCGAUGAUCCUGAAAAAACCAACACCACCUACAUGGAGGAGUCUCUGCCCACCCAUGAAAUCACCAUCAGGGUGGAUGAGUCGGAGUGCCUGUCGAUGGUCAGCUCUCCCGAUCAAGAGACAGAGCGCUUCCUCUCUACAUGCACCACAGGCCGCCGUGUCUCCUUCAAUGAGGCGGCACUUUUCGAUCACACCAAGAAGACCCAGGAGAAGGGACGCAGGUACACUCUGACCGAGGGCGACUUUCACCACCUGAAGAACGCCCGUCUCACACACCUCCACAUCCCACCCCCAGCCCUGAAGAUAGUCACCAUCCACGAGUGCGACUCGGCCGAGAACCCCAUCAUCAUGAAGAUGCGCCCUGUCGCUAAGUCAGCACUUUCCAUCUUCCAGCCAAUGCUGUGCCCCCUGCCACAAACAGCGCUGACCAGCCUGAGUGUCAAUCCCAGCUGUGCCCUCCCUGGAGAUGCUCUGAACUCUGUGGUGGACACCAGCUUCAUCGAGAACACUGUUGCACUGGGCACUAAAGACAAUCGGUCCAGCUCUAUCGAGAUGAUGGGACCUGGACCGCGGGGCAGAGGCAGCAGUGUCAGCGUUGGAGAAGGGGCCACCGUGGGAAGUGAUGCCCAUCCUGCUGGUGGCGGUGGUGGUAGUACUGGGCCCGUUCUGCAGUUCUUCACCAAACUGCGGCGUCAUGCUAGUUUGGAGGGGGCCAGUCCCUACUUCAAGAUCAAGAAAUGGAAGCUGGACAGCAGCCAGAGGGCCUCGAGUCUAGACACGAGAGGCUCGCCAAAGAGGAGACAGUUCCAGCGCCAGCGGGCCGCCAGUGAGAGCAUGGACCAGGACGACAACAACGCGCACCACAUCGACCUCAUCCAGUACAUUGCCCGCACCCAGGACGUCGCCUACGGCCGCACCCAGCCCACCACACGCCUCCUCUCGCCUCCCUCUACACCACCCCCCUCCCUCGGCAGGGUAGAGGUAGAGGUGAUGGUGGAGCCCCGCUGCAGACAAGGAGGACCAGGGGUGAUUGGCCUAUCCCCUGAUCCACAAGACGAAGCUCUGCACCUGGCAAAAAGGGAAGGUGCAGACCCCUUGGAGCCCCAAGUUCCCCAUGACCCCCAGUCACUUUACAGAGACAUUUGGACCCUUCGUGCAACACUGGAACAGUAUGCCGCCUCUGAUGUGAGCAGCAACACUGACAGGAACUCUGUCUGCAGCGAUGUGGAAAGUGUGUGUUCGCUGGGUGGACGAACAGAGACAGAGAGAGGAGGGCUCCCCAGCUACACAUCCCAAGAUUUAGGGGAUGAGGCAGAAGGUGGGGAGGAUGACAAGGGCUUUUUGAUGUACGUGGAUGAGAGGUUGGGUACAAAGGAGGGUAAAAAAAGGAAAAGCACAGAAUCAGAACGAGGGGCCAGUGAUGGAGAAACAGGGACUCGUAAACUGCUGCAGAUGGAUAGUGGCUAUGCAUCUAUAGAUGCUCCAUCCCGAGGUCCAGAAGACCUGCGGCUUUUUGGGAGCAGCAGUAGCCCGAAGGACAGGACAGCCCAUGAGAAAAGGCACCAUUUCACCAGUGCAGGGAAAAGUGGAACUAUAGGUGACAGCUUCGAGUCUCAUCUCUUUGAAGAGGAGCCAGAAGAUGAGUCGUUGUUGGGAGCCAGUGGUGGAGUUUCCAUAGAAACAGGUCCCAGUUCACUGAGCUGGUUUCCAUAUGGUCAGAUGCUCACACCUCGAGAGGCCGCGCAACUUUCACCGCAACCACCAGCCCUGCACCGACGAGACUACAGCAUCGACGAGAAGACAGACGCACUCUUCCAUGAGUUUCUCCGCCACGACCCUCAGUUUGAUCAGCUGGAAUCACCAAUGAGGAAACACAGGUCCCGGAUCCACCUCCGAAAGCAGUGGCAGCGGCACAAGCAGUGGAGCGACCCGGGUGUCAGACACUUCCAGUCAUCCUUUGAGCGACAGCGGACUCCCCUACGGAGGGGAGAAAGUGUAAACUACCCGCUGGACACGAGCUACCACAGCACCCUGCCACGCAUCGUCAGUGCUCCUGACGAGGAGACCGGCGAUGGGACGGGCAGCACUCCCGACACUCUGAAGGUAGAGCCUACGACUAGUGUCAGAGACACUAAGGACCACGCCUCAUCUUCUCCUCCACCUCCUCAUUCCUCUGUCUUAGAGACAGAUGAAGGACUGAGUGAGCACCUCGACCCUAAAGAGGACAGCAAACAGUCGGGACUCCCACCCGAGCCUCCGGACGAGCGCUCACCCCCUCAGCUGCCUGACUUCUCAUGCUACGGCCCGCAAACCAUCACAGCAGAGCUCACAGACAAAUUGAUUGGUAACCUGGAUGAGAGGCUGUACACGGGCCUUCAAAGCACCAGGGACACAGCCAAUGAGUGUGUGAUGGUGACAGCCACACACGCCUCUCCAGAUCACAGCCCUGUGUAG